GUGCGAGAAAGUGUUAGUGAGAGGCAGAGCAUUAAAUUAAAAGGAAACUAUAAUCUCUCAUAUCGAUUGAUAUCUCUCCCAAUCUCCUCUCUUUUUGUCUCUUCUUCAUCCCCUCUCUGUGUAUCUGUCUCUCAAGUUUCCUCUCUGCCUGCAACUAGUGAACCGAGUCGAUUCGUGGUGGAUCUAUUCGGUGGGGGAAUUGUGGUUUGUUGUUCCAAUUCUCUUCUGCUGACCUGACCACCUCUGCUUCAGUCCCCUGUAACGGUUUGGGCUUUAGAUCAGUGGACGCAUCUCUAGAGCUAUCACUCUCUCUCAGUUGCCUCACUCCUUAUGGCCUCUGCCUAUGCUCAUUCGAGGAAAUCUAUGAAAAGAUUGGAGUCCAAAAAGUCGCAUUCCUGGUGGUGGGACAGCCACAUCAGUCCCAAAAACAACAAAUGGCUUAUGGAGAACCUUGAAGAGAUGGACCGGAACGUGAAGCGGAUGCUGAAGCUGAUCGAAGAGGACGGCGAUUCCUUUGCCAAGAAGGCUGAGAUGUAUUAUCAGAAAAGGCCAGAACUGGUUUCUCUUGUCGAGGAGUUCUACCGCAUGUACCGGUCUCUAGCAGAGCGUUACGAUAACGUGACCGGCGAAUUGAGAAAGAGCGUCCCCGUCGAUCUCCAAUCCCAGGGCUCCAAUGCCUCUGACCUUGCCUCUGACCUACCAUCUUCAUCUCCCUCUCCUGCUCCUGCUCCCGACCGACCGCCUCUUGCUAGGAGAUCGUCAGGUCACAGGGCUGCUGGUUUUGAUUUCUUUCUGGGUUCCGGGGACACAACCUCUGACCAUGGCCAUAAAGAAGGAGAUGAGUCGUCUACAUUGACAGAUUCGGAUUCAGAAUCCGACGACGAUUCAUCCGUUAACAAUUACUCGGGACCGAUAGCAGGUCAUGGUGGUGGUGACCAAGCACUUGCCAAGAAGAUUAUGGAGCUGGAGGCCGAGCUCCGCGAAACCAAGGAGAAUUCCAAUGAUCUUGCUUCCAGAAUCGCAGAAUACGAGCUUGAACUGAAGAGAGCAAAUCAGAGAAUCCACAGUUCAGAAGACGAGAUCGAUAGAUUGAAAUGUGAGCAUGAGAAAUGCAACAAGCCGUUUGAGCACAUCAAUGCAAGCCGAGAUGCUGGAGCCGAGCUAGAGCCAAUCCUCCAACCGUUGCUGCAGCUUGAAGAGGGAGAGGAGGGUGAAACUUUAAGCGGCAGCAGCUCAAAUGACAAGAUCGUUCACUCACUAGCGGAGGAACUCAGAAUCACAAGAAUGAGGCUUCAGGAAUCCGAGAGGGAGAUAGCUAGCUUGAGGCAGAGAUUGGAGAGCAACGACGAGGUCUCCGAUCAGAAGGUGAGGAAUUUGCAGGAUCAGCUUGCGUCAGCUCGAAAGGACAUAGCCGCAUGGAAAAGCAAGGUGAACUCGGAGAGAAAGGAAGUGUCCAAGCUACAGGAGAGAGUUUCCAGACUGAAAGCAAGUUUGACCGACCGUGACCAAGAGGCGAGGGAGCUGAAAACCGCGGUGUCCGAUGCAGAAAGGAAGAUAUUCCCGGAGAAAGCUCAAAUCAAGGCAGAGAUAACAAAGCUGCUAGAGGAGCAGAGCGGCUUCAGGGAGCAGCUGAGGGAAUGGGAGUCCCGGGGCCGUUGCUUGGAGGAUGACAUCAGAAGGCUUCAAGCCGAGAAGGCCGAAAUGGAGGAAAGGCAUUGCUCCGAGACCGAGCAGCUGAAGGCAGAGAUGGCCGAGCUAGUCGAAACCGUGAGCACGUUGAGAACCGAGAGGGACAUGGCGAAGCAGAGAGCCGAUGCGGUGGAAGCAGAGUUGGUUUCUCAGGAGCAGCAGAUUGAUGAGAUGGAGAAGCACUUGGAGGAGCUACACAAGGAACUGGUGGGGGUGGUAUCCGCGGCGGAGGAGGCCCGCAGGAAGGCAAAAGAGCUGGAAGAGGAGGUGGAGAAGCAGAGGAAGCUGGUGGAGGAAAGUGCGGAGGAGAAGCGGGAGGCGAUAAGGCAGCUGUGCGUGUCGAUAGAACACUACAGAGUCGGGUAUCAUGAGCUUAGGCAGGCGUUUGCAGGUGCUGGCGGACACGGUAGAGUUGCUGUGCUAGCGGCAUAGGCGAGACUUGAGAGAGAAGGUAGGGGUUUCUUACUUGUUAGGAUGUCUUCAUAGCAAAAACAAGAAAUAGUAGCAGAAAAAUAGUGUCUGGGAUUUUGUGGAACGGUUUGAUUUUGCUUGUGUUGUUUUUUUCCUUUUGGUAAGGUUUGAACGAAACAUGGUGUGGAUGUGGAAGAGAUUGGUUUCGUUGCUCAAGCAUGAGGGUGGAAAUGGAUGAUCGAGUGUUUUUGUGAUUGUCAUUUUGGCUUUUUUUUCCCGGGUGUCGUGUGGGUUUUGACUUUGGGUUUUGUCCAAUGUCCAAUUUGGUUUUUCUUAUCUCAAGGGAUUAAUACCGCUCAUCUUUCAUUCUUCCAAGUCACUAAUCCUAUGGAGAUCGGAUUCGUCCGUCCUUGCCAA